AUGAAGAUGGGAGGAGACCCCGGUGUCCCUGGUUUCAAGGGAGAAGCAGGACCCAAAGGUGAACCUGGCCCACAAGGUCCACAGGGUCCCAUUGGCCCCAUUGGGGAAGAAGGGAAAAGAGGCCCUCGAGGAGAUCCAGGGUCAGUAGGUCCACCAGGCCCUGUUGGAGAGAGGGGUGCUCCUGGGAACCGUGGUUUUCCAGGUUCCGAUGGCUUGCCUGGACCAAAGGGUGCCCAAGGAGAGCGUGGUCCAGCAGGAUCUUCUGGUCCAAAAGGAGGUCAGGGAGAUCCUGGACGCCCUGGUGAACCCGGCCUUCCUGGUGCAAGGGGUUUGACAGGAAAUCCAGGUGUUCAAGGCCCUGAAGGAAAACUUGGCCCCUUGGGUGCUCCUGGUGAAGAUGGACGUCCAGGUCCAGCAGGUUCAAUAGGAAUCAGAGGUCAGCCAGGCAGCAUGGGCCUUUCUGGGCCAAAGGGUGGUAGUGGUGAUCCCGGAAAGCCUGGAGAAGCAGGCAAUGCAGGCGUCCCAGGACAGAGAGGAGCCCCUGGUAAAGAUGGUGAAGUUGGCCCUUCUGGUCCUGUUGGCCCUCCAGGUCUGGCAGGAGAAAGAGGAGAGCAAGGCCCUCCAGGUCCUACAGGGUUUCAGGGCUUACCUGGGCCACCGGGUCCUCCAGGUGAGGGAGGAAAGCCAGGUGAUCAGGGUGUGCCUGGAGAUCCUGGAGCUGUUGGUCCAUUGGGCCCGAGAGGAGAACGUGGCAAUCCAGGGGAAAGGGGAGAACCGGGGGCAUCAGGAAUCCAGGGUGAAAAGGGUAUGGCCGGAGGGCACGGCCCCGAUGGUCCAAAGGGGAGCCCAGGCCCAAGUGGGACACCUGGCGAUCCGGGCCCACCGGGUCUUCAGGGCAUGCCUGGAGAAAGAGGGAUUGCUGGAACGCCCGGCCCCAAGGGUGACAGGGGCGGCGUCGGCGAGAAAGGUGCUGAAGGCACAGCUGGCAACGAUGGGGCGAGAGGUCUCCCUGGUCCAAUAGGCCCAAUGGGUCCAGCAGGUCCCACUGGUGAAAAGGGUGAACCAGGUCCUCGAGGUCUAGUUGGUCCUCCUGGCUCCCGUGGAAACCCUGGUUCACGAGGAGAAAAUGGCCCAACUGGUGCUGUUGGUUUUGCUGGCCCUCCGGGCCCUGAUGGUCAGCCAGGUGUAAAAGGUGAACCCGGAGAACCUGGGCAGAAAGGAGAUGCUGGAUCCCCAGGACCCCAGGGUCUUGCUGGGUCUCAUGGCCCACCAGGUCCUCCAGGUGUUCCUGGUCUGAAAGGUGGUAGAGGAACUCAGGGUCCCCCUGGUGCUACUGGAUUCCCAGGAUCUGCUGGAAGAGUUGGGCCUCCAGGACCUACUGGAGCCCCAGGGCCUGCUGGGCCUAUUGGUGAGCCGGGAAAAGAAGGUCCCCCAGGUCUUCGUGGCGAUCCCGGUUCUCACGGCCGCGUGGGAGACCGAGGACCGACCGGGCCUCCUGGUGGUCCUGGAGACAAGGGUGACCCGGAUGAUGGGCAGCCGGGCCCGGAUGGCCCCCCUGGUCCAGCAGGAACCACUGGUCAAAGGGGGAUCGUCGGCAUGCCAGGACAGCGAGGGGAAAGAGGCAUGCCAGGGCUGCCAGGUCCUGCAGGUACACCAGGUAAACAAGGUCCCACCGGACCACCUGGUGAUAAAGGUCCCCCAGGACCCAUCGGCCAGUCAGGUGCCACCGGGCCUGUAGGUGAAGCUGGUCCAGAAGGACCUGCUGGUAAUGACGGUACUCCUGGACGAGAUGGAGCUGUUGGAGAACGUGGUGACCGUGGUGAACCUGGCCCUGCAGGCUUACCAGGUUCUCCAGGGGGUCCAGGAACUCCAGGCCCUGUUGGUCCUCCUGGAGAUGCAGGUCAAAGAGGUGAAACUGGUUCUCGAGGUCCGAUGGGCCCCCCGGGUCGUGCAGGAAAAAGAGGUUUGCCUGGUCCCCAAGGACCUCGUGGUGACAAAGGUGACAACGGAGAUCGAGGUGAUAGGGGCCAGAAAGGACACAGGGGUUUCACUGGGCUUCAAGGUCUUCCUGGUCCUCCUGGUCCUAUUGGUGAACAAGGCAGUCCUGGCAUUCCAGGCCCCUUUGGUCCUCGGGGUCCUCCAGGUCCAGUUGGUCCUUCUGGCAAAGAUGGAAGUCCUGGUCCACUUGGGCCAAUUGGACCUCCUGGUGUUAGAGGGACUGUGGGAGAAGCCGGACCUGAGGGUCCACCAGGUGAGCCUGGUCCCCCUGGCCCUCCAGGACCACCAGGCCAUCUCACCGCUGCCCUUGGUGACAUUAUGGGCCACUACGAUGACGCUAUGGCAGAUCCUCUGCCGGAGUUCACGGAAGAUGAAGCGGCCCCAGACGACCAUAACAAAACAGACCCCGGAGUCCACGCCACGCUGAAGUCACUGAGCAGCCAGAUUGAGACCAUGCGCAGCCCAGACGGCUCCAAGAAACACCCAGCACGGACUUGUGAUGACCUGAAGCUGUGCCACCCCUCCAAGAGGAGCGGUGAAUAUUGGAUUGAUCCUAACCAAGGGUGUGUUGAAGAUGCUAUAAAAGUCUACUGCAACAUGGAAACUGGAGAGACCUGUAUUUCAGCCAACCCAUCUACUGUGCCCCGCAAAACGUGGUGGGCCAGCAGGUCGUCUGACCUAAAGCCUGUUUGGUACGGCCUUGAUAUGAACAGGGGAUCACAGUUCAUGUAUGGGGAUACAGCUGUCACUCAGAUGACAUUCCUGCGCCUCCUCUCGAAGGAAGCUUCCCAGAACAUCACCUACCUUUGCAAAAACAGCGUGGGCUACAUGGAUGACCAGGUGAAGAACCUGAAGAAAGCUGUGAUUCUGAAAGGGGCCAAUGACCUGGAGAUCAAAGCAGAGGGAAACAGCCGAUUCAGAUACACUGUUCUGCAUGACAGCUGUUCUAAACGUAAUGGGAACGUGGGCAAGACUGUUUUUGAGUACCGAACGCAGAACGUGGCGCGCUUACCCAUCAUAGAUAUUGCACCCGUGGACAUUGGCAGCACCGACCAGGAAUUCGGGGUCGAAAUCGGGCCAGUUUGCUUCGUGUGAGAGGAAAGGGGGGAAAUCACCACACCUACCCAAGCAACAGCAGCGAUUAAACACGUGAACUUAGACUGAUUGAAGUUAAUCCUGAGACUCUUGAAGUAAUGGCUGAUGUUGGAUCAGCACUGUAUAUACAGCUCUUUCGAAAUGCCCGGCCUCCUUUUGAAUAUUUAUUUUACUUACAAACGUUCUGUUUUAAGCGAUUGGAACCGACUUUAUAGUGCAACAGUACGAUUUUAAGAGGAUCAGUGACCACCUUUUAAAAGUAAUAUGAAUCUUUAUGAAGCUUUUUCCUCAGUUUUGUUUCAAAUGAUUUCGAAAUUUACAGGUACUCAAAAUAGUUAGUUUUAAUGUGGGACUAUGUAAAGCUCUAAGGAUUAUUUCUUUUGCUUUGAUAUGUACUGAAUAACAGAAAAGUAGAGCACUUCUGUGAAUCCUUGGCUAUGUUUCAGUCAUAUCUACUCCCUCUAUUCCAUUUUGUCUUCCUGUGGUUGCCAGUAAAAUAGACAUUCACAGAAAUCUGUGUCUUUUGUGGAAGAAAACCUUCAGACAAGAUCGUCUUCAUUUGGUAUUGUUUUUCCUGCACUUUCCUAUGUAAGUCUGCUCAGAAGAGUGAUCCACAGCCAUGAUUAAUUUAUGAAGUAAAAACACUAGUGGGGGAAAUGUGAGUUUUCAGUAGGGGUGUCCCAUAUAUUAAAUUUUAAAGCCAGACUUCCCUUCUCACAAUGUAUUGGUGUAAUUUCAUUAAAUUAUCCUUAAUCUUAAAAAUACAUCUGAAACCAAAUACUUGUUGAUUUUCCAAUGCUUGCCCAUCUAAGAAGCCAUUACAUAUCAAAUUAGAGAGAUGUCUUAUAUAUGGUGCCAGUUUCUGUAGAUUGCAGACCAUUCACAUCUGUAGCAGACCAAUUGCUAAUAAAGUAAGUUUAGAAAUUAAUUGGUUUUAGCUGACAUCCAGACAUGCAUCACCAGUUAUUUGACUUACUGGCCUUGAGCUGUCAAGGCAGGACAGUUCCAUCAUUUCUUAGCAUGAGCUACCUCAUCUCUGGAAGUUGGGAUGCAAUUAAUACUCCUGUUUUUAUUUUAGAUGUUAAAAGGUGCUAUGCUUCUGUUGUUAUGUCAAGAAAGGAGAUAGGCAGGGCAAAAAAAAAAACAACAACAAAACCCAACAAAAAGUGAUGGUGCUAAAUGACUAUAGAAGGCUGAUGAAAUAAAUAUGCCUACUGUCAGUGUCAUUUUCAGAGCUUAGCUGUUAGGCUUAUGGUGUUUGAGAGAACAAUGUUACAGUGCAUUUAUUUGUUGGUCAUUCAGUAUAUAGAAUGUUUUGUACCUCUGACAUGCUUUAUUUUGUAAAGUAUGUGGGUACAAACUUACUUAGGUUUUUUUUGUUUCUUUAUUGCAACUGUGCUCUCCACCUCCUUUUUUUUUUUUCUUUUUUUUUUGUUUGUUUGUUUGUUUUUUCCUUUAAAAAAAAUAAACAGCUGGGGCUAUCCCUAAAGAAAGUCAUGCACACAGCUUUAUUCAUGUAUCUUUGCAAAGCAUUUAAUUAAAUACAUGCUUCUCGCUAUGUAAGUGGUUUCCUUUCUCCAGUGUGUCCCAUAUCAGUUCAUUUCCAGGAAAUUAAAAAUAGAAGUAUUUAA